AUGGGCUAUCAGCUGACUCGGAUGGAGGAGAAGAUCGGAUCGCCGGAGAAGCCCCUGAGUGACCUCGGCCUCAUCUCGUAUAGGAACUAUUGGAGAGAUGCUGUUUUGUCCUACCUCUGCAAUUUCGACGGGACCAGCGAGAUCUCCAUCAAAGGCGAGUGUGUUCGAGAUGCAGUAUGGCCCAAAAGCCCAAUCACGACCCCCAAAACGGGGGGUCGUGAUUGGACUUUUGUUGUGUGA